AUGGCGGGACAGAUCUGCGCCGCCCUGCUGCUGGCGGCGGUGGACAACUUGUGGGCGGCGGCGGCGGCGCCGGCAGCGGCGGCGUGCUUCAUCUCCGGGAGGUUGGAGCACAUCACGGUCCAGUUCGAGGCGGUGCCGGUGCUUCUGACGGACGCGGCCUCCGCCGUGGACACGAGAUACCUGCUGUUCUUCGCCUACCUGGUCUUCGCCGUGCAGAUGGGCUUCACCAUGCUCCGCGCCGGCCCCGCGCGGGGCGAGAACACCCGUUAUUAUAUUGUCUGCGUGGGCCUAUUCAUCACAUCCUUGAUUCGUCCCUACCCAGACACUGGCCACGGGUAAGGCUCCAGUUGGGAGCUAUGAUCGAGCAAGAUGAAUGAUGAUCCUGAACCUGCUGCAAUCUUGGAAUGUACCGCAAAAAUGUUAUCAAUGCAGUAAUUUUUUGUAUUCUCGAUCGGAGAAAAACACGUAAAAUAGUCCAAGCCAUCAUCGACAGUCAAUAAAUAAUUGGGCUUCCUGUCUCGUGAGAAGAUCGCGUGGAUCAGUUCUUCCUGUUCGUUCUCCAUUUUGCACCACCACAUCCGUUCUGGGACUUGGUCGUCAGAAUAUCAUGAGAAAAGCGCAUGAUACCACAAUUUCUCACGAAUGAAAAUCAAAUUUCUUCAAGCAGUCGAACAAACAAGAAUCGUUUCGAACGUCUAAUCCGAUCUAAUUUGGAUAAUACGACAGUCGAGAUGGAUUUAAAGAUGACUAUUUAGCAUCUAUCAUCCCCAAUAAAAACGAGCUGAAAAGGUAGGAGGAACGGCGAUCAAAUAAGAGAUGGAUUGGAGGAGAAUUGAAAUCGUUGGUAUAACAUCUCACGGUUCAAGAUUUCACCGCUAGGUUUUCUAAGCCGUGUGAUAGGCCAGAGGUUUUCUUUCGGAACAGGAUCAAGGAAUGCAGUCCAUCCUCUACGGAUCCUUCGAAACUUCAGAAAUUUCGCGUAGAAAAGACAGAGGAGUUCUAGAAUCACUGGACGAGUAUUGCGAUUGCUAGAAAGCCAGCAACAAAAAGCGAAAAUUAAUUGCAUCUGUAACGCUGUACGGCAACAGAUUGAGAAAAUCGUUGGUUCUGCGGAGAUGCAGGAAGCAAGUGGUGAAAAAAUUUCGAGUAAAUGCAGGCACUGAUGUAAUGUGUGUCAGAGUAGAGAUCAUCAGCGUACGCAUGGCGUAAGCCAGGGAAGAAUCGAAGACAGCAACAGAAGAAAAAGCUCGGAAGAAUGGUGAAGAAGAACGAGGCGAUCGGAGCGAAGAAAAAAAUGCAGAAUCGGAACCUCUUGAAAUCCAAGGCGAACUCAACUGGUUAA